UUCUUUUAUUAUUAUUAUUAUCUUCUUUCUUUCUUUCUUUAUUUUAUUUUAUUGUUUUUGCUCCCAUCUUAGAUUUAUGUUGAUGUGAAAUGAAUAGAACGAAAUGAUGUUUUGAUAUUUUUGAUUUUGUUGGUGUGCUCAUAACACAGCACAGCGAAAGAAGAGAAGCUGAUGAGAGAUCGUUGAAUGAAUAUAUAAUAAUAAAUUUGUAUUGUUUCAUGGGCAACACAUGCCGUGGAUCUUUGAAAGGAAAAUAUAUUCAGGGCUUCUCACAGCCCGAAGACCAAUCCAAACGCACCAACACUCAUUCUGAUCGCUCCGAUCCAGAACAACCCUCAACAAAACACAAUCCCAAUUCUGCAGACAACAUUAACACCAACAACAACAACAACAAUAGCAACAAUCUACCUUUGAAGAAAGACAUCAUCAUGCGACGAGGUCUUGACAACCAAGCUUAUUAUGUGUUGGGUCAUAAGACUCCAAACAUUCGUGAUCUUUACACUCUUGGUCGUAAAUUAGGACAGGGACAAUUUGGGACCACUUAUUUAUGUACCGACAAUUCGACCUCUGUUGAAUAUGCUUGCAAAUCGAUCUCCAAGAGGAAGUUGAUUUCCAAGGAGGAUGUGGAGGAUGUUAGGAGGGAAAUUCAGAUAAUGCACCAUUUAGCUGGUCAUAAGAACAUUGUGACCAUUAAGGGUGCUUAUGAGGAUCCACUUUAUGUUCAUAUUGUCAUGGAGCUUUGUUCUGGGGGUGAGUUGUUUGAUCGCAUCAUCCAGAGGGGACACUAUACCGAAAGGAAAGCUGCGGAAUUGACCAAAAUCAUUGUUGGGGUUGUUGAGGCGUGUCAUUCACUUGGGGUUAUGCAUAGAGAUCUCAAGCCUGAAAACUUUUUGUUGGUUAAUAAAGAUGAUGAUUUCUCUCUUAAAGCUAUUGACUUUGGCCUUUCUGUUUUCUUCAAACCAGGUCAAGUUUUCACUGAUGUAGUUGGAAGCCCAUACUAUGUUGCUCCCGAGGUUCUCCUUAAGCAUUAUGGGCCUGAAGCAGAUGUGUGGACAGCGGGGGUCAUACUGUACAUAUUGCUUAGUGGUGUGCCACCAUUUUGGGCAGAAACCCAGCAGGGUAUAUUUGAUGCUGUGUUGAAGGGACAUAUAGAUUUUGACUCAGACCCAUGGCCUUUAAUAUCUGAUAGCGCAAAAGAUCUGAUUAAAAAAAUGCUGUCUUCUCGGCCUUCAGAACGGUUGACUGCUCAUCAAGUGUUAUGUCAUCCUUGGAUAUGCGAAAAUGGAGUUGCUCCGGACAGAUCACUGGACCCUGCUGUUCUUUCUCGUCUCAAACAGUUUUCUGCAAUGAAUAAGCUAAAGAAGAUGGCCCUGCGGGUGAUUGCUGAAAGUUUAUCUGAAGAGGAGAUUGCUGGUUUGAGAGAAAUGUUUCAGGCUAUGGAUACUGAUAACAGUGGUGCAAUCACUUUUGAUGAACUCAAAGCUGGUCUAAGAAGAUAUGGGUCUACCCUUAAGGAUACAGAAAUACGUGAUCUUAUGGAAGCGGCUGAUGUGGACAAUAGUGGAACUAUAGAUUACGGGGAGUUUAUUGCUGCUACAGUUCAUCUCAACAAACUAGAGCGUGAGGAACAUCUCAUUGCAGCAUUCCAAUAUUUUGACAAGGACGGCAGUGGUUAUAUUACAGUUGAUGAACUUCAAGCAGCUUGUGCAGAACAUAACAUGACUGAUGUUUUUCUUGAAGAUAUUAUUAAGGAAGUUGAUCAAGAUAAUGAUGGAAGGAUUGAUUAUGGUGAAUUUGCUGCCAUGAUGCAAAAAGGCAAUGCUGGAAUUGGUAGGAGGACUAUGCGCAACAGUCUGAAUUUGAGCAUGAGAGAUGCACCAGGUGCUCAUUAGCUUCCGAUUGUGCUCAUUAUGCACAGGUUGUACAGCAAAGCCAGAAAGAGAAAAAUGAAGCAUAACUCUACGAAAAAAAAUUGUUUCUUAUCCUGAUGACGGAUCCUAUCGCAUGAAAGAAAAAUCAGGAUUGUGGAUGCACUACCAUGACUCAUCAAGUGUUGCAUUUAUGUGCUGUAUGACUGCUACUGUCUUUGUAAACUUCAAUGUUAAGUGUUACAGUUAUUUUUUGUGUGCUUUCAUGUAGGGGCAUUCUAUUUAUAGUUGAAGUGGAAGGAUUUUGAUCUUUCAGGUUCUGAUUUUACGGAUGUAAAGUUUCACACGCAUGGACAUUAUGUAUUGGGUGAACUAAGAAGCCUAUUUGGAUUCUGUAGCAGCUCGUGCAUUGUGUUAAAGUGACAGUGGAAGCAUAUUAUAGCCCAGCUGGCUUCUUUUUUUUAUAAUUAAAUUCGUGAUUUUAAUAAUAAUUGUAUGGAGUAGGUUAUUCUAUCUAUAUAUUUUUUUUAUUAUCUUUAUCUACCACUCGACAACACAAUUAGAUCAGAAUCUCAAUAGAAGAGAAAUCAUAAAAGUAGUUGAGAUUAUGAUCUAAUGGUAUUGGAGAGUGGUAGGCAAAGGUCGGUAGAAUAAUCUAUCUCUGAUUAUAUUUGUAUUUGAAACUAAUAAACCGGUAAAUAU